AAAUUCUGACAUGAAUGAAAUUUCCUUGUUACGUACAGGAGGACAUAAUUAGAAGGUGUCAGAGAAUGCAGAAACCAGGUAUUGUAGCAACAAACAUGCUGGAGAGCAUGAUUAAUCAUCCUACAUUAACAAGGGCAGAAGUCUCUGACAUUGCAAUUGCAGUACGGGAAGGUGCUGAUGCGGUCAUGCUUUUUGGAGAAACUGCCCAUGGAAAAUAUCCAUUGAAAGCUGUCAAAGUAAUGCAUACUGUGGCAUUAAGGACUGAGUUAAGUCUACCAAUUAGCACUGCUCCUCCAAAUCUAUUGAGUACAUAUAAGCGCUGGAAAUCGAAGAUUUUCAUCUAAUGCCCCAUUGAUUAAGAACUCUGAUGCUCAGAUUGUCGUUCUAGAUGUGAGUCUUUUUCCUUUUUCUUUUUGCGUUGUAUAAAUGUAGUUUAUUCAUUAAUUGGGUGCUUAUCAUGAAUGGAUACAAAAUAUUAGAUUAAACCCUGAAACUGUUUGUAAUAAGUCUUUAAAGAGAAUUAGAUGAACUAACUUUUUUCCUUCUCAUCAGUGAUAAAAAAAGUACUUAAAGAACAAGCUGGAACUUUUUAAUUAAUGGCAUAUUUCUGAAGACUUGACAUGUGUUCAUGUGUUGAGGUUUUCUAUCAAGUUUUUGCAUUUUUAGUUACUG